AUGUCGACUGCAGCCACUAAGUUCUCAUCUGAAGGUCUACAAGUGGUUGUAUUUUUGGUUUUGUCUCUAGGUCUCUGCCUUACCACCCAUUGCCUUUCGCGCUCAGUUGCUACUGCUAAGCUGACGGCAGGUUCCAAGAUAUCCUGCGCCAGGUUGUUUUUAUUGUUAGUGUUCGCAAGUUCGUGGCUUUUCGUAUUCAUUAAUCAACUCCUGAUUUUUGGGAUCACCCUCCAGUUCAACGAUACCACUUGCAAGGCCGCUGCACAUGUAUGUGCGGUUCUUUAUGGCGUUAGCAAAGCCUUUAUGUACCUCUUCCUUGCCGAGAAAGUGCACACUGUGUGGUCUACCGUCAACAGACGAAGGUUUUGCUCACCGCAGUACAAAAUAUGUUUCCUUUCCUUACUGUUGUAUGCCCUGCCCGCAGUAGCAUUGCUGUCAAACACCUUGCACAAGAUUCGCGUAAAUGAUGGAGUUUGUGUACUCGAACUUGUCCAUUAUGCAGCGUACUACCUCGUUGCUUAUGAUAUUUAUGUCACUACAUUGUUCACUGCGCUUUUUCUUUGGCCGCUUCUCGACCCUUCAAGAAGGAAUCCGCUUAUAAGAAGAAUAGCAUUACGAACUCUGUGUGCAUCUAUCAUCGCACUUACUAGUUCGACAGCGAACGCUGUCAUGUUUGUUCUCCUUAAAAAUACCGAAGUAGGAUGGGUCUGUUUCAUUACUUGCGCUAUCGAUGUAAUAGUCAACUCGGUUACACUAUUUUGGGUCUCCCAUUAUGGUUUGCAACAUGACGAGCAUGCGCGUGCUUGCUCAAGGUCGCAAUCGGACGACGAAUCAAUCAGAUUUAAGUCAUUUAUCACCACGCAGAAUUCGAAUAACUUGGAAUCGAAAUCGUCCGACGUUGCCGCUGAAAUGACAGCGUCAGAACUACCCUUGGUACCUUUACGACCAUUAGAAGUUCCCAUUAUCGACGUCAAUGGAAAUCAGCCGCAGAUUGGUCACAUUAUCCAUCACGAUAAAGAUUCCAAGGACGAAGAGUUCAAUCACCAUGCUUCUGACUUUUCACCGGUUUCUGGAAGUACCGAUCCUGAGGCGGCGAUUGUGGCAAUUCGCACUGGCUCAGUGUAUGUGGAUGUGGAUGCGGACGAGAUAGACUCAUUCACAGGUCCUGAAUCGGUAGUUUUCGCAUCGAUGCCUCCAGUGACCCAAACCAAUCAUCGUGACCACACGCGUAAUCGGUCCUUGAGUUCAAGCAUAAGUUCGGUCAGCCUCCCGGUGCUCAUAGUGCGAGGUCGCGUUCCAGAUACGGGACCUUCAGCAAUAUUGUCUAGGAAACUGUAA